UUCCAGAUGAAACCGUGUUUAUUCAUAUCUUUUUCAAGAUGGCCGCCGUGGUUUGCUGUUAAACUGUUUCAGCAGAGCAGAUUCUCCAACGGCUCAUUUCCAGACCGGAUCAGAACCAGAACCUCAUCCACUGCGUUCUGGGUCAGAACCAGAGCCGCUGCGGCUCAUGGCUCCCCCUGGUGGAGAAGCUCAGCAAAACAAACUGGACCCAAGAUGGCGGCGGGAGGCGGACAGCAGCGCGAGGACGGGCUUUAAUCCGGACCGAACCGAGGCGGGUCCAAAGACAGGAAGCGGCCAUGUUUUGAUGGGAGGAAGAGGAGGAGAUGGCAGAGGAGCUUUUCUCCACCAGCCUUCCUCACGGCGAGGACGAGGAAGAGGAGGAGACGAAGAAGAACUUCGUCCAGCUGAGUGAACCCGAGGAAUCCGCCCAGCGAAACACCGUCGGCAUCGACGACGAUGAUGACGACGAUGAUGAUGAGAGACUCAGCUGGCAGGGCGCCCACCCCACCCUGAGGGAGAGGAACGCUCUGAUGUUCAACAACGAGCACAUGGCCGACAUCCACUUCAUCGUGGGUCCGCCUGGAGAAACGCAGACGGUCCCGGCGCACAAGUACGUCCUGGCGGUCGGCAGCUCCGUGUUUGGGGCCAUGUUCUAUGGAGAUCUGGCGGAAGGGCAGUCGGAGAUCCACAUCCCAGACGUGGAACCGGCUGCUUUCCUCACCCUGUUGAAGUACAUGUACAGUGACGAGGUGGAGCUGGAUGCCGACACGGUUCUGGCCACGCUCUACGCCGCCAAGAAGUACAUCGUCCCGGCUGUGGCAAAAGCGUGCGUGGGCUUCCUGGAGACGAGCCUGGAGGCCAAGAACGCCUGCGUGCUGCUGUCCCAGAGUCGGCUGUUUGAGGAGGCGGAGCUUACGGAGCGCUGCUGGGAGGUGAUCGACGCGCAGGCCGAGCUGGCGCUGCGCUCUGAAGGGUUCUGUGAGAUCGACCGGCCCACGCUGGAGAUCGUCCUGCAGAGGGAGACACUCAACAUCCGCGAGGCGGCGGUGUUCCAGGCGGCGCUGAGCUGGGCGGCGGCAGAGUGCCAGCGCCAGGGACUGGCGGUGACCCCUCGGAACCAGCGGACCGCGCUCGGGAAGGCUCUGUACCUGCUCCGGGUCCCCUCCAUGUCUCUGCAGGAGUUUGCAGAUGGACCCGCACAGUCGGAGGUUCUGACGCUGGCGGAGACCCACAACAUCUUCCUGUGGUACACCGCUACCAACAAACCCCAACUGGACUUCCUGUGGGAAAAACGGGUCGGCCUGGCGCCGCAGCGGUGCCACCGCUUCCAGGCGUCCGCCUAUCGCAGCAACCAGUGGCGCUACAGGGGGCGCUGCGACAGCAUCCAGUUCGCCGUGGACCGCAGGAUCUUCAUGGCCGGGCUGGGCCUGUACGGGUCGAGCGGUGGGAAGGCCGAGUACAGCGUGAGGAUCGAGUUGAAGCGACAGGGAACCCUUCUCGCCCAGAACCUGACCAAGUUUCUAUCAGACGGGUCGAGCAGCACCUUCCCCGUCUGGUUCGAACACCCUGUCCAGGUAGAGCAGGACACCUUCUACACGGUCAGCGCCGUCCUGGAUGGGAACGAGCUCAGCUACUUUGGACAGGAGGGAAUGACAGAGGUGCAGUGUGGGAAGGUGACCUUCCAGUUCCAGUGCUCCUCAGACAGCACCAACGGUACCGGAGUGCAGGGGGGGCAGAUCCCAGAACUGAUCUUUUACUGCUGAAGCUGGACCUGAAAGGCCUCAAUCCAGGCGGGACAGUCUGGUUCUGAUCACGUUAGCUACAGUUCUGAUCACGUUAGCUACAGUUCUGAUAGCAUUAGCUACAUUUCUGAUAGCAUUAGCUACAGUUCUGAUAGCGUUAGCUACAGUUCUGAUAGCGUUAGCUACAGUUCUGAUAGCAUUAGCUACAGUUCUGAUAGCGUUAGCUACAGUUCUGAUAGCGUUAGCUACAGUUCUGAUAGCAUUAGCUACAGUUCUGAUCAUGUUAGCUACAGUUCUGAUAGCGUUAGCUACAGUUCUGAUAGCAUUAGCUACAGUUCUGAUAGCGUUAGCUACAGUUCUGAUAGCGUUAGCUACAGUUCUGAUAGCAUUAGCUACAGUUCUGAUAGCGUUCGCUACAGUUCUGAUAGCGUUCGCUACAGUUCUGAUAGCAUUAGCUACAGUUCUGAUCACGUUAGCUACAGUUCUGAUAGCGUUAGCUACAGUUCUGAUAGCGUUAGCUGCAGAUCUGAUAGCGUUAGCUGCAGUUCUGAUAGCCUUCUGAUAGCAUUAGCUACAGUUCUGAUAGCAUUAGCUACAGUUCUGAUAGCGUUAGCUACAGUUCUGAUAGCGUUAGCUACAGUUCUGAUAGCAUUAGCUACAGUUCUGAUCACGUUAGCUACAGUUCUGAUAGCGUUAGCUACAGUUCUGAUAGCAUUAGCUACAUUUCUGAUAGCGUUAGCUACAGUUCUGAUAGCGUUAGCUGCAGAUCUGAUAGCGUUAGCUGCAGUUCUGAUAGCCUUCUGAUAGCAUUAGCUACAGUUCUGAUAGCGUUAACUACAGUUCUGAUAGCGUUAGCUACAGUUCUGAUAGCGUUAGCUGCAGUUCUCAGCCUUCUGAUAGCAUUAGCUACAGUUCUGAUAGCGUUAGUUACAGUUAUAAUAGCGUUAGCUACAGUUCUGAUAGCAUCAGCUACAGUUCUGAUAGCAUUAGCGGUUCUGGUUCUGAUUGGUUGAGGUGUUUCAAUCAUUAAAGUUUGUGUGACUGAAACUGCAGCGUUUGUUUUUAUCUGAUGUAGUUUCCUGCAGCCACCACCAGAGGUCACUGUAGAUACACUUUUCUUCAGCAGAGAGCAUGCUGGGAAAUGUCAUUCUGUCCGUUUUAGCUAAAUUUGACGUUACAGGUGACUCACGACAGGAAGUCUCACCGAUGGCGGGCGCGUUGAUGCACAGCUCCCGGGCCAGCAGCAGGAAGGUCUUCCCCAGGAUGUAGACGUUCACCUGGACACAGAGAACACACUGUGAUUGGUCCAGAGCUCAGAGACGCUCUGUGAUUGGUCCAGAGCUGACAUGCUGCAGGUGGCUGCUCCAUGUUGCUCUUACCUGCAGCAGGUCGCUCAGGUCCAGUAGCAUGUCUGGGUCCCGGUUCAGGAAAGAAACGGGUCGAAUCAAAACCGGUUCACUUAUUGAACGAUUCCUUCAAGUCUGAACGGGUUCUGCUUUUUCUGGAGCUGCUGACUCGACUUCCAGGGAAGGAAAUCCAAUAAAAAUAUUGUUAUUCA